GGGGAACAACCGAGUCCACGAUGCUGCCGACGACAACCUACACGUUCACCAACGGGGUCCAUGGGACCAUCACGGUAGCGCGCUAUCUAGCACUAACUCCUCAUUGAGAUGUUGUGUUGGCGUCGAGCAGGUGGUGCAUCUUUCUGCUGGAGGGGCUGAAAUUGUGGCAGACCUGGACAUGACUAACGUUGACCUUGACAUACUGCGAUCGCUGGAUCCAAAAUGUGAAUCCGUGAGUGCUUACAAGUGGCAUAUCCACACUAAAUGGACCCAUGAACCAAGUGUCAAGUCUGGGUACGUCCACUGUAGCUUCCUGUGCGUUAACUCGUGAGACUACAUGUACAGUCUCUUCGGUCAGUGUUCGCUCUCCGCGGCAGGCAACCACUACGAUCCCGACUUUGCAUGUGGCCCCAAUUCGGAGUACGUAACCGCAGACAAGUGCAAGGCGGCCACGUCGUCUUAUAAAUGCUCCCCCGCAUUGUACGCCACGAACCCUCUCGUUUGUGAACGUGGAGACUUGUCUGGGAAGCUUGGUGACAUGCAGGUUGGUAAGACUGGCAAGAUCUCACAUACUUGGAUCGACAACCACUACCCCGACGUCAGCGAAAGCACGCCGCAGUGGAACAUGCUCUUGCAUGCCGUCUGCAACUCCACCACGCCACGUGUCGCUUGUGCUACUGGUGUCACGACUCACGAACGCCUGUACGCGACUCCCGUCGGUCUCGUCGCCGCUACACUCGUGAUUGCGCUAGUUGCGUGUGUCGGAUUACGCCACCACCCGACAUUUGGCCGAUUCUACCCCACCAAUUUGGCUGUCGUAGCGAGUUUGGGCGUGUUAGCCCUGCUUGUUUACCAAGACAUUGUGGUGAAUGUGUCACUGUAAAUCUACUAACUCGGUGGCAAGUGUUUUUUGCA